AAGGCAGGUUUUUUCAUUUACAGUGAUCAAUCAUGGGCUCCAUGAGCACUCAGUUCCUUAAGAAUAAGGUUGUGUUCAUCAUGGGUGCAACGGGAACUGGGAAAUCUCGACUCUCCAUUGACCUUGCCACCAAUUUCCCCGCAGAGAUCAUAAACUCGGAUAAAAUUCAAAUGUAUCGAGGACUUGAUAUUGUUACCAACAAGAUUACCAACUUGGAGCGCCAAAGAGUGCCUCACCAUUUGCUAGGGGAGUUUGAUCCUGAUUCCGACUUCACUGCUCGAGAUUUCUGUUAUCAUGCUCUUGAGGCUAUCGAAAAGAUAAUAAGGUCUGGACGCAUUCCUAUCAUCGUUGGUGGGUCAAAUUCCUUCAUUGAAGCAUUGGUGGAGGACCCUGACUUCAAGUUCAAGUCGCAAUAUGAUUGUUGCUUCAUAUGGCUUGAUGUUUCGUUGCCUGUUCUGCACUCGUUUGUCUCAAAACGAGUUGACCAAAUGGUUGAUGCAGGGAUAGUUGAUGAGGUACGAAAAUUGUUUAUACCCGGUGCGGACUAUACCCGGGGCAUUCGUCGGGCAAUUGGAGUUCCUGAAAUGGACAAGUACUUUAGGCUCAAACCCGAAAUUGACAAUGAAACCAAGGAAAUGUUACUUGGAGUUGUCAUUGAAGAGAUCAAAGUCAACACUCGCAUAUUAGUCCAUACCCAGUUGACAAAGAUUCGUCGAUUUAGGGACGAGCUUGGUUGGCCAUUGUACCGCAUUGAUGCGACAUGUGUGUUUGAGAAAGGUGGCGAUGAGGCCAACCAUGCAUGGGAAGAGUUUGUGGCAAAGCCGAGCUUGGCGGUGGUAAAUGAAUUUCUCGAAGAGAAAAAAAAUGGUGUAGUUGCUGCAAAAACUAUUUCCUCUGCUUUUGUGAAUCAACAUUUGGAGGGGCUUAAAGUUUAAACUAAAGUGGGAGUGAGAACUAACGAUUUAGCAAAUUGGGGUUGGUUUAAACCAUAAAAUAAGUCUUUUUUAGGACUUGUUUCUAGGUCUAUUAUGAGUUUGGUUAAUAAAGCGACAUAAUUAUUAUAAAAGUU